AUGAGACUGCAAAACCGAGUUGCAAUAGUGACGGGCUCGUCCCAAGGUAUCGGGCGGGAGAUCUGUCAUCAGUUCUUCGUUGAAGGAGCCUUGCUCGUAUGCGCUGAUCUUAGACCUAUUGGAAAGGGCGAAGACACUGCUACACACGAAUGGAUCAUCGGCAAAGGCGGACGAGCCAUUUUCGUUGAGACCGAUGUCAGUGUAGCCACCAGCUGGGAGGCACUCGUUGCGCGAGCAGUGGAGGUAUAUGGUCGACUUGAUAUAGUGGUCAAUAACGCUGGCAUCUGCACGGAGGCCAGCAAUCCGCUACCCAUCGAUCAAGUCGACGAAGAUAUGUUUGACGCCCACAUGCGUAUCAACACACGAGGAGUCUUCCUUGGCUGCAAAUAUGCCGUUCGUCAGUUUAAGGCACAAGCGCCGCAGCCCAAUGGUAUGCGCGGCUGGAUCGUGAAUGUCGCUUCGAUGGUAUCCAACAUCGGUAUGCAGGGCCUCACUGGGUAUACGGCGUCCAAGGGUGCUGUGGCUUCGAUGACGCGAACCAUUGCGCUGGAUGUUGCGAAAGAAGGCAUAGUCGCCAAUUGCAUUGCUCCUGGAUUUUCGCAAACUGCAAUGCUCGAGGAUGCGCUUGGUGGGGCCUUGUCGUCCGCAGCGGACGCGGUCAAAGCCUCUAUUCCUCGCGGCAAAUUCGGCCACCCCCACGAUCACGCAAGGGCUGCGGUCUACCUCGCUAGCGACGAUGCGCAGUGGGUCACCGGACAGGUGUUGAAUGUUGAUGGUGGCUUAACAGCACAAUGA